AUGUUCGUGUGCUGCCUAGAACAUGACUUUGAAAGGGGAGACUUGGACUCGAUAGACGAACUGCUCCAAUACAUGAUCAAGCUGAACUGUAUGCCUGACGCUGGGCUGUACGAAAGGUUUUUCGGAGUGUGCAACUCGCUCGAUAAGCCCCUGCUGGUACUGAAGCACUUUGACAUCAUUCGUGAAAAUGGAAUAAGCUGGGAGGAAAGGGACAGAUACACAUCGCAGAGGAGGAUUAGAAUCUCAUUUGGACUGUAUGAGCAGGUGUUUAUAUCAUGUCUGAAGACAGGCAAAGUUGAGCGUGGAACGGAGGCCAUGAAAGGCCUUCUGGGAGCACUGAAAGGAGCCUAUAAACUAAUACCCUCAUCGACCUGGAAAAGUUUCACCAAGUUGAUGGAAACGGCUGAGGUGGAUAAGUCACUAAUGGCAAUACUGAAUCAAGUUUCGAGCUGCUCAACUCAAGUAGAAGGUGGGAUGACGAAACCGAUAACUGUUGAGAUUCCUAAACACAAAUCAGUAAUAAUAAAACAAAUAGAGGGAAUUUUGGAUAAAUAUACCGAUUCCAGCUGA